AAGAUUUAGAAGCUUAGAGGGAACCAGAAUCAGAGUAGUUUGGUGGGGGCAUAUCUGCAGAUGGACCCUCAGAAACAGCCUGUACUCCCACCGAGAAGGAGCAAAAAGAGGCAGCUGCGAAGACCAAGAAGAAGGAGCCCUGAGCAGACCGCAGAAGGAGGCGGAGACUGAAGGGGCUGGGCUUCGUGCAGCCUGAUAGACCUCCCUCAGGAAGAGUGCUGGGGGAAAAGGCAUACAGGUUUUUCCAGGACAGCUGAGCUUCAAUCCUGACUCCUUCAGUAUGGGAAGCCCCAGUGGCAAUGAAUCCAGUGUCACAUAUUUCAUCUUAAUAGGCCUCCCAGGAUUAGAAGAGUUCCAGUUUUGGUUGGCUUUCCCAUUAUGUUCCCUCUACCUUAUUGCUGUGCUAGGUAACUUGACGAUCAUCUACAUUGUGAGGACAGAGCACAGACUACAUGAGCCCAUGUAUAUCUUUCUUUGCAUGCUUUCUGGCCUUGACAUCCUCAUUUCCACCUCAUCCAUGCCAAAAAUGAUGGCCAUUUUCUGGUUCAAUUCCACCACCAUCCAGUUUGAUGCUUGUUUGAUACAGAUGUUUGCCAUCCAUUCCUUAUCUGGCAUGGAGUCCACAGUGCUGCUGGCCAUGGCCUUUGAUCGCUAUGUGGCCAUCUGUCAUCCACUACGGCAUGCCACUGUGCUUACAUUGCCUCGUGUUGCGAAGAUUGGCAUGGCUGCUGUGGUCCGGGGUGCAGCACUAAUGGCACCCUUACCUGUCUUCAUCAAGAGGUUGCCUUUCUGUCGUUCCAACAUCCUUUCUCAUUCUUACUGCCUACACCAAGACGUCAUGAAGCUGGCCUGCGCUGACAUCCGUGUCAAUAUCAUUUAUGGACUAAUUGUCAUCAUCUCUGCCAUUGGUUUGGACUCACUUUUCAUCUCCUUCUCAUAUUUGCUCAUCCUCAAGACUGUGUUGGGCUUGACACGUGAAGCCCAGGCAAAAGCGUUUGGCACUUGUGUCUCUCAUGUGUGUGCUGUUUUCAUCUUCUAUGUGCCCUUCAUUGGAUUGUCAAUGGUGCACCGUUUUAGCAAGAGACAUGACUCUCUCCUGCCUGUCAUUAUGGCUAACAUCUAUCUGCUGGUUCCUCCUGUGCUCAACCCCAUCGUCUAUGGAGUAAAGACAAAGGAGAUCCGGCAGCGCAUCCUUCGUCUUUUUCUCAUGACCACACACACUUCAGCUCACUAGGAAUCCAAGAUGAAACCUUCCUCCAUUCAAAAUUCUGUAAUUCAUACUUUAGCAUGAUAGCUUGGAAGAAAGAACUAAGACAAUAAAUCUUUCUUAAUCAAAACAUAGCUCAAAGAUGCAUCAUGUCAAAGAUGAGACUGGCUGUGGAAAUUCUAUGUGGAAUGGAAGAAUGGCUGCAAUCUCCAUUUUCUAAUACCACAUUCCCUUUUGUUUUUUCUCUUAGAUGUGUUUUGAAAGUUAUUACUCCCAAUUUCAUCACCACUCUCAAUUUCGAUUCGUUUCACUGAGGAUGGUUCAUAGCAUCCUCAUGGUUCAUAGAUGGAGCUACAUAUCUAAAAUGUUCACCAAAGGCACGACAAAAGAAAAUAAACACAAGACUAUAAUAAAAUUAUAUAAUUUCAUUUGAAACCCCAUUUCCUUAUUAGAAUUCACAAUGACUUUGGAUUUCCAUGAAGUUAUAACUGGAUUCCUUAUUCAAAACAGUUUCCAAAGAAAUAUUGGUUUUUCUUCUGGGUCCCAGGCUAGAACAAAUACACCUGCCUACCUUUUGAGAUGAUACAUGUUAUGACUGUUGUCACAGCCAUGAAGACACUUUUACUUAUUUAAGUUUGUCAACUUUUUAUUUGUACCCUGACUGCACCAAUGGGGGAAAUUGAUAUUUUAUGGUAAUCAGUGAAUUAUAUAGGACCACAGAAGCUUAAAAAUAGAAGGAAAAAAAAGACGAGUUUUCGUGUCUAAUCCUAUGUUAUGUAGAAGAAUUGUUAGAUAGACUGGCACAAUGUUGAGUUAGGAAUUUCCAGAGUCUUACACUGCUUUUGUCGGAGGCAUUUGGUCCUUUAUUUCCAUUUAUCUAGUGCUGUUUUGAAUAAUUUUCUAUCAGUAGAAGUCAUGGCCUUAAUCAUUCCAAUAAAUAUUGCUCUGUGUCUAUCCAAAUCAUUACAGUGUUUGCACAAUGGAAACAGACGUGUUUCCAAAUGCGUUUAUUUGAGAACAGUGUGGUUAGCUACAGAUUCCAUGGGUAUCUGAGGGAUGAUUUAGGAGAGGCAGUUGAGAAUAUCCAGGAGCUUGUUGUAUAAAGAGAGGGUAGUCACCUCAGAGUAGAGAAUCAAAAGGAAGAGACAUGAGACUGAGUAGGCUAAAUGAGACUGACCGGGAAGUAAGACUAGGGAAAAUGUGGGUCCAUACAAAACGAGGAGCACAUAUACAAGCAAGCACCACAGAUACCCAGGGUCUUAAGCUGUGUUGCACUGAAGGAAAUAAGGACUGCAUUCCUGACAGAUGUGCUUACCAUGGAUAUAGCUGAGAGUCCUACCUAGGGAUCCUAUUAUCUAGCCACAGCAUUUACGUGAGUGGGUGGGGCACUGUAGGAGCAGCGUAUGAGUAGACUGAUCAGGGAUUGGGAUUAUCAUCCACAGAAAGGUUGUAUUCAGAUCUAGGGUGUGGCUGGGGAGUAUGAGAGGCAGGCAGCAAGGAAGGGGCAGGGUUGAUUUUCUUGGACAUGGCUAGCACAGAAACCCAUUUUCACAUCCAACUUCUUGGACUAUGCUCCGGAAUAUAAGAAUGGUGUAUAUGAUAAAAUUGACUAGACCAAGGUGAGGGGUGGCCAAAGAAAAUGGUACGAAAUGUAUUUAAUGCAAGAUUUGGUCACUUUGAACUGAGAGGAGGAGGCUGGAUAGUCAUUCAUUGCCCAGGAGCGCUCUGACUUUGCAGUUGAGAGAAAGACAGUGAGAAGGAUCAGAAAGACAUGAUCUUAUUAUUUGCAAAGUGAAAUGUGAUCACUGUAAACACAAAUCGCAGAUAUUUUGAAAAUAUAAAAGACAUUAAAACAGAAUAAAAAAUCUUUAAUCUGUUAAUCAAAAGAAUUAAAAAACCACUGGUGUUUAUUCUUCCAGGGUUUUAGUGUGAACUUGAAUGCAUGCCUUGGCUUGUACAUAAGAUGAGUUUGUGUGUGUGUGUGUGUGUGUGUGUGUGUGUGUGUGUGUGUGUGUUUGUGGUUGGAGGGCAUUUAUGUGUGUAUGUGUGUGUGUGUGUGUGCGUGUGUGUGUUUAUGGUUGGAGGGCAUUUUUGUAUGUGUGUGUGUGUGUGUUUGCAUGUAUGUGUUCAUUUUGAUGAUUUCUUUUUUUGAAAAUGACUCUCACGAUGUUGGCCUCAAACUCACCAUAUAGCUAAGGACGACAUUGAACUGAUUAUUCUCUGAAUGCAUCUCUCAAGUAUUUGAAUCACAGGCGUAUGCUUCCAUUUAAUCUCACUGUCUGCUUUAUAUUGGCAGUUUCUUUGGAUCAUUCAUUUAUAUUGCUUGAUGAAUGGAUUAAUUACAUUGGCUACUUCAUUUUUUUGUUUGUUUUAAGGACAGAGUCAGUACUUAAGAUUUCAGGUCAUUCCAGUCUGGCACAUGUACUUCAUACACCGCCAAUCUGUAGUUAAUUCUAGUAGCUAAUGCAUAAUAAAAUAUCUAACAAAUAUUUUAAAAUAAUUAAUCUUUAUUUACUAGGUGUAGAUACACCUAGAAUAUUAUGAGAAGUCAUGUACAAAGUGACUUUAUUAUUUCCAUUCUUAUUUCAAACACUGUGCAAUAGUUCUGUUAUGUAUACUUUAUAGUGUCAUCUAUAUUAUACACACAGACACAUAUAUGUAUAUAUAAAAUCACAUGUAUAUAUCAGAAGUAUAACAUGGAGAAGUGUUUUCUUUCCCAUGAAUGUAUGUACAUAAAAAGUACAAUUUUUUUCACAUGGAUCUAUUUUUAUUUAUCUGCCUCAAUUUCUGGAUAAACUAGAAAAAUGGAUGUUUAGCUGAAAUAACAAAUUAUUCUCCUUCCAACCUUUUCAGGUAGAUUCUGUCCACUAAUGAUUUAUAUUUUCUACUAAUCUCUUCACAGAGAUGUAUUAUGACUCUUCUUGGUCUACAGUAUGGUUGUUUGGUAUGCCUUUUCCCUGGUAUUAAGUGUAAAAUUCUAGAAAUAAAAGAUUUCAUGUA